UCGUCGACAGCUGGUGAAGAUGCUGCUGAAGAUGAAGUUCAACCAGCAGAGGCGGUUGCGUCUGGCCCAGGGCCUGUGGCUGCUGUCAUGGCUGGCACUGACGUGCGGUGCAUUCAUUUUUUGUCUGGGUGUUUACCUUAAGAUGGAGCUGCUCCGUAGAUCUGAGGUGAUGGACAACACAGAGAUCCAUGUGGUGCCCAACAUCCUGAUGAUGGUGGGUCUGGUCUCAAUUGGCACCAACUGGGUUGCUGGCCGUGUGUGUCUGGACUCCUUGGAUCCAACCCGCUUCCCGCGUUGGAAGAUCUUCCUGCUGGUUUGGUUUGCUGUGGCUGCAGUCAUCUGUUGUCUUCUUAUCGCUGUUGUGGUCCUAGCCUACGCCCUGCAGGGACGCCUGGAGGAAUCCCUGAAGAUUGGCCUCAGGAAUGGGAUUCGUUUCUACAAGGACACAGAUGUACCUGGCCGCUGUUUCCAGAAAGAGACCAUUGAUCGUCUGCAGAUGCAGUUCCGCUGUUGUGGAAACAACAAUUUCAAGGACUGGUUUGAGGUUCAGUGGGUCAGCAACAGAUACCUGGACUUCACCUCCAAAGAAGUCAAGGAUCGUAUCCGGAGUAAUGUGGAUGGACGAUACCUGAUGGAUGGAGUUCCUUUCAGCUGCUGCAACCCCACCUCCCCUCGGCCCUGCCUGCAGUACCACCUGACCGACAACACUGCCCACUACAACUACGACUACCAAACAGAAGAGCUCAACUUGUACACCCAGGGCUGCAGGCAGGCUUUGACUGACUACUACAUGGGUCUGAUGAAUUCAACUGGCCCCGGUGUGCUGUCCGUCAUCAUAAUACAGGUGUCAGUGAUUCUGAGUCUCAGAUACCUGCAGACGGCUGUGGAAGGAGCCAUGGCCCUGGAGAACCCAGAGGAUGACAGUGAGGGCUAUAUCCUGCAGAAGGGAGUGAAAGAAACAUUCGAGGAUGUCAAAACCAGUGUCCUCGACAUGCUAAAGUUCUCCCAGGUCGACCCCACCACCAGCAAGGGAUCCCCUGAGGCAGAGGAUGCCUCCUCUACUCCUGCCAAUUAAAAAAAGAAGAAGAAAAAACAUCACAGAUAAGUGAAGGAGGAAGGGAUGGAGGUGAGGAGAAAGGUGGUGUCUGAGCUCUUUAGUUUGUGAGACGGCUAAUGUCAAGACAACCACACCAAAACAUGGCAGUGAAUAGGGAACGUCAUCGGGUCCUGCACAGAAAACAAUCGAAACAUCCUCUCAAGUACAUACCAGUUUAAGCAGUAGCAGAUAUGUUUAAUGAUUGUAGCAGACAUAUAUUUUUUAAUAUUUUGAUAUCCUGACAUACAUUUAAAUCAAAAUGUAUAAAAAAAUACUUUUCUGUUAUUUCCAACCCUAUAACUUGGGUUACAGAUUUGUAGUCUGUUUUUUGCUGUAAUAAAUGCUUCAAAAGAAAACAUAUGUACACGAAAAAGUAAAAGUAGAAGUUUUUAACCACUUUGUAGUGUCUGUCUUCGUUUUGUUACAUACAUUGAAUUUAAACUGGAGUAUAUAAGUAGGUUUGGGUGAGUGUGUUUGCAGUGUGAAUGUGUAUGUGUGAGGUGUCCUAUAUGAAGCAUUAUCUUUUCCAUUCUGGCUGCACAGAAACAAUCUGAUAAUCCUGGUGUGGUUAAUCCCUGAACUGCUGGACAAGCAGUAUCCACGUGCAUACAGGAACACACGCUAUCACACAGAGACAGAAAGCACACACAGACAUGAUGAUUCUUAUGUAUCCUGAGGCUAAAUUAUUUGACAUUUAUUUUUAAAUCAGUGUAAUUUGUCCACAAAAUGUGUC